UGUUCUAUUUUGUCAUUCACCAGUGGAUAACCAUCAAGUGUGCAAGUGUGCAAACCCUGGAGCUCUAAAUCGAUUACCCCGAUGUGUCGAUAAAGAUUGGGCAAUUGCCCAAAAAAUAAUAAUAAUUCGGUAAGAAUUCCUCCGGGUCCCCCCCCUCCCAAAAAAAGCCAUGAAGUUCUUCGAAACCGGUUGACUAUCACUUUUGGGGUGGGGCGAGCACUCAAACUCCUCGAGAAAUUGUUUGACUCGUUAUUAAAGUCGUAUUCAUCGUUCUGAUUGUGACGCAUGUCCCAGUGUUUUCCCCACUGGCUCAUAAUUUCCAUCGUGCCUCCCCGUGUGAAUUUUCCUCCACAAAAUAAUCGGUACAUUUAAUGGAACUAGUGGUACUGACUGGUGAUACACAGUGGACAGUGUCAUAGGCUUUUUCAUCUCGGAAAAAGUUAAAUAAACUGUCAGGAUGACGGCUACAUCGCCGGAGAUGACGCUCAUGGAGUACCUAUUCGAUCGGGAGGACCCGAUGCUCAAGGAAAAUAUAAAGGAUGAUGUCCUGAUGAAGGAGAGUUACGUCAAUGACAGUAUUGCGGCGGAAGAAUGGAUGACAUCGAACACAGACGAUCUGUUUGGCUCGAUCUUCAGCCUGGAUGACCAGUUCAAUCUGAUUGACAAUGACCUAGAGACUAUUCCCUCGUCGUCCUCGGACAGCGGUCUCUCCAGUGCCUUGAGUCUCUCCUGUGAGCAGCAGCUGAGUCCUCUGCUCCCCAUUGAUGAUGAUCAGAUUGAAAUUGGCAAUGACAGCAUCAGUAGUCCCCAAAAUUAUGGGGAUUUUGAACCUCUUGGGAGUCCCAACGAUUCCAUGGCAAGCAUCGACAGCCCUGUUCGCUCCGUUAUGAGCUCCAACUUGGGAUCACCAGCCACUGACAUCACCGAGGAAAUGGAAUUCGAGCCAAUGGUAACGGUCGUCGAUUCCGGUACUGUGGAGAACACGGAAUUGACAAUGCCAGUUAUUAAACAGGAGCCCAUGUCUGAAUCAGACGCUCCACUUAAGCAAAUGAUAAAACAAGAGCCAACAGUUACUAUUCGUAAUGCCGGGGGCAAGAGAAAUAUCAGACAAUUGAUUCGAGUAACGCCUUCUGGCGCUGGUAAUCAUCCACGAUCUAUCCUCCUACCAGUUAGUCUAAAAGAUAUGAAAGAUGUACGUGCUAUCAAGAUUAUCAAUGCAACACAGGCGAGAAAUCUCAAGAAUUUUAAAAUAAGUCAUAUCAAUCAGGGGAAUGUUAUCAGCAAAGCCAUUCCUGUAAAUAUAAAGCAAGAGGACGUAAGUCUCGACAAAAGCAUCACCUCGGACGAAGAAACGUGCGACACAGGCUCGGGCUAUCCACCCCUCAAGCUAAAUGCCGAGGAGAAGCGUCUUCUCCAGAAAGAGGGAAUAACUCUGCCAACUCAUUAUCCAUUAACAAAACCAGAAGAGCGAGAAUUGAAGAGAAUUCGCCGUAAAAUUCGCAACAAGAUUUCCGCUCAGGACUCCCGCAAACGGAAAAAGGAAUACGUUGAUGGGCUUGAGGAUCGUGUUAAGCAGUGCACAGAGGAGAACAUGACUCUUCUGAAGCGUAUAAAGGCACUGCAGACCCAGAAUCAGAGUCUAGCGGGACAGCUCAAGCGAUUGCAGGCACUCAUACAAAAGGGUAACAAGAGUGCACAACCAGCAACUUGUCUCAUGGUACUGCUCCUUUCUCUGGCUCUCGUUGCUGUUCCAAACCUACGGCCACAUUCUAAUAACAACACGAGUGAACUCGCCAGGGAGCAAGAGCAGCCGGAAAAGAUGCCGCCGCUAGCCGGUCGCUCAAGAAGUCUUCUUUUCACAAAAAAUCGGAUGGACGAAGAUCUACAGCAAUGCGGCGAUCUACUGGAAGAGGUGGAGGGUCUACUAGACCACGAUUACAGCCCAGUAUUUCAGGUUCCGCUCUACAAACGUCCGCGUUACGACGACGAUCAACCAACUAAAUAUCCAGCGUGUAUGAGUCACGUGGGCGGAACGCUCAACCAAAAAACCGAAUUUUCAGACAUGAAAUUGAGUAAAAAGUACAUUGAACCACCGUUGGAUGACGUGUGGCCUCCGCCAAAACCUGGUGUAGAGCCAGGGGCUAGAGUUGUGGACAAACUCGAGGCCCUGACGAAUGAAUUGAAGAUCAAUAUAUCGGACGCCGAUGGGACUCGGACCGUUCUCCUGAAGGUACCACAGGAGCAGUGAGAAUGUACAGAGUAAUAUUGAUUCAGCAUUUUUUUUUUCCAAUGCUCCAUUUACUUAUUUUCACGUUGAAUAUUGAGAGCAGUUGGUGCUCACGUCAUAAUAUUUCAUGGUACCGUUUCGAUUUAAUGCACACUGAGUAGCUAAGUACUCAGAUCCAAAUAAUCAUUGUUCAUUGAGAUGUUUCAUUGAUAAUGGACCUCCUCACAGCUUCCGGCUGAUUCGAGAUGGUUUUUAACCUUUUGAAAAAUCAAUUACUCGCAACAAUUGAUAACAGGAUAAUUCAUUAUAUGAAUUUUGAUGAGUGACUUUAUGGAUGAUCGUCGUUACCACUAAUUGUGGUAAUAUUGUACAUAUAGGUAAAUUUGGUAUAUCGUGAUUAUAGAUUUAAGGAUAUUUUAACAGAGUGAUACUGAUAAUUAAGGGAUAAUUAUUGCACGCAGAGAUUACAUCUUUUAUUUUGUUAGGAAAAUAUUUCUAGAUGUUUGAAAAGAAGUCUGUAAACUUGAAAAAAAUUAUUGGUUAUUCCAGAAAACUUUAUCUUGAUAUAAAAUGAAAAACUUAUUUUCUAACAUCAGAAAACUUUCUCUCUCUGUGCAAAUCCAAUGUUAAAUAUAUUGAAUGGAGUCUAUGAGAUGACAUAAUAAAUGCUAUGGUUGAAAUUUUAGAUGAAGUCUUUUCGACAUUGCGGUAGUUCACCGCAAGUCCAAAUACACUUGCAUUAUCUUUGAAUUAUGAGGAUGCAGAGGAGUUGUUUACGCUAAUGGGAACUAUGAUUUAGCACUAAUUAAUGAUAUCGCAAUUAUACGCAUAAGAGCUAUGAAUGAGGGCUUAUGUUGUGUAUCAAUGCAUAAAGACUGUCACGAUAUAUAUGAAAAAAUGUUUAUUGAAAGCACGUGGGGAUGAUUUACUUAUUCAUUGACAAAGAGAAUUUAUUUCGUACUAAUUUGAUAUGAAUCCAUUCUUACUUUUGCGUUGUGCGUUUCUCUUCGAGUAUUGAAUCGCUCUAGAGGGUGAAAAUUGCUGAGAUAUGACUGUAUAAAUUAAUUAGCGAGAGUUCAAGUCUUUUGGUUGUGGUGGGCCGAUGAUCCUCGCAAAUAAGAGAAUGAAACCAUUUUUUAGGGACAAUUGAAUGAAUUUUUCUUGCCUUGGGAAAAUACGAGCGUACCAUUCAUCAGACAUGUUCAUUGAGUUAAUGACUUUAGAACAUUCCUUCAGCUUAUGCGACGUACGAAAGAAUGGAGUUCUAUUUUUACACAUAGUUUAUGAAAUGGUGAAUAUUGUUUCUCACUUAUUGUUUGUGUAAUAUAUGACAGUUGUAGAGUUCGUAUUGAAUAAAAAUUUAAGAUUAUGUGGAAA